AGUUUUCUUUUGAGAACAGAACUAGGAGCCCAAGACAGGGCAUAGAAAGCUUGAUCUCAGAGACAGUGCAUGUUCACCAGCUGACGAACUGACUGUCUGUUUUGACCCCAGAAGUUUAAUCUUUCAGUCCUGAAUCAGCUACAGUUUUAGAAGCAAGGUCAGUCUUAACCAGUGUGAUAAAUGGAGAAGUCUCACUUGCUAUGACAUUAUGACAUUUUUUUAGCUGUCAAUUCUUGCUGUUCAGUAGGUGUGAUGCAGGGGAAAGCUGGGAGGUCUGUUACGCUGUAGGCUACAAUCUUCAGCAAUACUAGCCUGGGCGUCAGGAGGCUGAAAAGACCAGGGGUAGGCAAAAAAACUUGAAAUGCUUUGUCUUAGACUGGAAAACUGUUGAAGCGUUUGCUGGCUGGAAACAGAGUUGAAAUUUGUUUGCCAGUCCUAUUUAACUGGUAUCUGGAUCCUUCUGAGAACCUGUUGUAUUCAUGUAACUGUGAGUUAGCUCACAAGCCAAGUAACUUUGAUUUGACUAAUGAGAAGUUGUACGGGGGAUUGUUCAGCUGAAGAAGAGGAGAAUCAUAGUUUUGAUUCAGCAAGAAGUGAGCUUUCCAGAAGUUGAAUCAUUGAAGAUUUGUUUUUAGAAAUGUUGUGCAUAAGUGUGUGUGGAUAUGGUGGAGUUUCAUUCCCUUCAUGUACUUCCAGGGAAAAAUAUACAACCAACAGAGCUCAUGCUGACCUCUAUUUGAAAAAAAAGCGCUAGCACAGUUAUAGAGGGUUAUGGAAUCUUUUUGUGUUUUCCAAAGCUCAGGAGACAGAGAUAUGUGUGUAGAGUGUGUGUGUACAAUAACCAUACUUCCUGGAGAUACACUUAAAAUGUUGUUCAGUUUAGAGAUGGACUUGAAGCUUGAUAUGCUUCUGCUGCUAUCAUAAAGAUGUCACUGGAGGAUAGGUGCUUCUGAAAGAUUGAAGCUGUAGAAGUAUUUUGGGUUGGUUUUUUUUGUUGUUCAAUUAGUUGUUCUUAAUUAUUUCAGGCUUAGAAACUGUGAAGUUUCUGUUUAUCUGGCAGUGAUUCAGGGACAUUAUACAAAAAGAGUUAAGUACGUUCAUACUGAUUUAGAAAAUGGGCUUCUCUGACAUGUUUAGUGAUAAUUAUAUAUUUACAAAGUUUGCAGUAGAUCUAUGUGAGUUUUAUGACCACAGAGGUAACACUGUGUGUAAGGUGGGCACUGUUGUUAUGCAGACCCAAAGCAGUGAUGUUCCAAAAGUUUCUCAUUACAUGGAGUUCCUCCCAAGCAAAUAAAAAAUUUCUGGACAGAAAAAACCUUCCGAGUGGUGAUUCUUGACCAUUACAUCCUGCUGUGGCCUCAGACCAAAAAGGAGUUAACCCUUGUAUUUAGAGGAGAUUCAGUUUUCUGACCUGCAAGUGGGAUGUGUUGUAUUUGUGGUGGCACUGGACAUGCCUUAGGAGCUGUCAGCCCUGCUGCAGAGACAGCUGGUGGAACAGAUAUUUUAGCAUUGAAAACAAGAGUGUGGCACAUGAAGGAGAAAUGGCAGAAGUGUAGUAGCAAGCAAUUCAUAUUCCAUGUCAGCAUCACUGUGCUUUCACCCAUACUUGCUUCUUCUGAAGUCACUAUAGCACUUUCCGGUGCCACAGAUGGUAUUUGUUGUGGUACAGUUCAGUCUCUCUGUAUUGAUGUGAUGUGAUGAGUUCCUGCAUGGUAAAAUACAGCUAAUAUUGUGGCACAUUCUAUCCCCUUACGGUUACAGCAUAAUGUCCAGUUACUGAGUGUAACUUAAAGAAAUUAAAAGGCUGGGCCUUGACAGUCUGAAAGGUAUGGAAGGUUUUAGAUUUUUUUUUUUUCCUUUUGGAGCAAAAAUACUUUGCAUAUACUGGGGAAAAUAUGCUACUGAAAGCAGUGGAAAAUGCUUGCAAGCAAAUUGUGUGCUUCUGGACAAAGAGCGAAUGUGAUUUUUAUGGUUUGUUUGUAUGAAAUAUUAUUCUGCUGUAACAGAUGUUUCCUAAUAACUGUUUAUCAGUUGAUAAGUUAAAAGAAAAUUGGCUGACCUGUGCAUAAUUGCUAUUCACGAAUUAUUUUUUUUCUUGAAGUCUCUUACUUCAGCGAAAUACAAAAUGCAGAGCAGAAAGGGGAGAUUAUUUAUUACUGAUUCAAAGUUUUAUUUCAGCUUUGAUCCAGGUGAACUUCUUUCCAGCAGCCAAACUUCUACUGUUUUUUUUGCAAAGGGCAAAAGGUGUAGGUGUGUACUUUCAGUGGAUGAAGAUAUUAAUGUCUAUUAAGUAUCAUAUUUUUUAAUUUUUCCCCGGUGGUUCUUAUUUUUAUAGCAAAAAUUGUAGCAUAUGAUCUGAAAAGAAGGAUAGGCUUGCAGAUGAAACAUUUAAACUUGAGGUGUCACAGGAAAGGUUUUCAACCUAGGUAACCUCCAUUUGUUCAUGAUGAUGUUUUUUAAUGCCUUCUAUUUUUUCCUUUCUUCCCCCUGUCGUUCUUACUUUUUUCACUUUAUGUGCAUGCUUAAGUUAUAAAAGCAGCUUUUUAAAAAUAAUUGUUCCAUGUGUAAAUGCAUGAUAUGCAUCUGAACAAUGUUUUCUUUCUACCCAGUUGUCUCAUGUGGCUAACCUGAAAUAUUCCCAAAUGUGCUGCAUUUACUGGUUAUAUGCAGUCUGUGAGAAAUGCUUGUUAGGCAACUACAGAUAAGCUUCGGGCAGCAGGAUUUAUUGCUGGUAUUUGACAGGUGAUGCAUAAACAUAGUAUCAGAGUAUUGUCUUCAUACCACUAUCUCCAUAAAUGUUGCAGUCAUGUGGUUAGAAAAUAUGUGCUUAUCUAACGAUACCACUGCUGGGGUUAAUGAUCUUCUUGCUCUGUACAUAGCUGUUGUCAAGUCCAUAUAUAUCCUUGUAAAUUAAUCUUUUUAGACUUGUAUUACUCUUAUACCAUAGAGAUCUUGCGUUUGUUCUAAUGUUCUUUACAGACCUCUUUUUCAGUAAUUAUUUUAACUGAAAUUCGUAGGUGCCAUUCUGAAUUCCGGCUAGCAAAAGCCUCUUCAAAUGUUGUCAUCAUGGAAUUAAUUUCACUACAGAUAAUAGGAGUAUGGUAGGACAAGUGUUUCCCUGAUUCUUCACUUUUUCCUUGAGGAGAAACUUCUUGCUUUAUCUAGAGGAUCUCUGAACUACCCCAAAAUUAGAGAUUAUAUUUUCUUUCCAGAAGGCUAUAAUUAUGUACAAGUAUUUAGAACACUUGUUUUUCCUUCCAGGUAGUGCGGGGGGGAGUAGAAGAUUCCAAGAGGACCUGGGCAACUGCUUCUGGCCCACCCACUGUGUAGGGUCCUUGUCUCAGCUUUGUAAAAUGGCAUAACAUCUGGGAUGAUCAUUACAGCAAUAGAAUCAAGUACUGGGAGGUGGGACAGUUGAAUAAAAGGGGUUGUAGGGGUAUGUACAAGGAGAACAAAGUUGCCUUUUCUUAGUUCUCUGGUAACUGAGCUUCAGUGCUGUACUGAAGUAUUCACUUCCUUUAACUAAACUUCUACCUGGCACUGACUGUAUUCUGCCUCUGUCCUUGAAAAAUAGCACACUAAGGUUAGGGAGGUUAAUAAAGUUCCAGAAAGAGUGGCAGGAAAUAAUAUGCAGACUGCAGAUAGGCAGCAGGGAAUUUCAGCAGAGUAGGGAAUGUAGAGGCAGACUGAAGCCUUCAUCCUCUGUGGAUAGAAUGGAGAAGCCUUCUCAUUACCUGACUAUAAAACAGCAGGUCUGUAUAUCCGAUAUAAAACCAGCCAUACCUAGGCAUGUCUUCUACAAAGACCCAUUCCUGCAGGUGCCUCAGUUUAGCCCUCUGGGAUAGACCACCUAGACAAAAGACUUGAUGGUGCUUUUGUAGCUGCCAUCUGUGCUGCACUAGUUCAAAAAAAACCACUUAGGUUUUUCAGCCUUUUUCUGGACGAGAAGGAAGGUUAUAAUACAAAAGUUCAGUAAAUAACGUAAUUAUAUAUAUACCUACUUGUUUUUAUGCAAUUUUAAAAUACAUGUAAGCAUGCUAUGGCCAGCAUAGGAGAGAGUGUGUUUUGCCAUGAAGGACAGUGUGUGGCCAGUGGAAAAGUUUAUAUUGAAGAAGGAGGCUUUCAGAGCAUCCAGGCUCAUUGUCCUAGUGACACAGAAAAUAAAGUUCAGCUGGCCUUAGCAGCAAUCUGGCCACCACAUGUCACAUCUGAUUCUAAUAAGGCUGUCUUUUUCCAAGACUUUGGAAGGAAAAUGGUUUGUUAUGUUCAGUGUCACUGUCAAAGGCACUGUUGCAAUUAGUGUUGGUUAGACUUAUUGUUGGGAGCUAGUAUUUCUUACUGUGAAACAGUAGCUUUUGUAUUAGAUUAUCUACAUUGUCCUGGGCUUUCCCAUGAACACCUAGGCAGGUCUGUAAGAAAAAUCAUAGUUUGCAAAUACAAUAAUGGGAAAUUCAGCAUUGCCAGAUCCUUGGUGAACAGUGAGCCUCCAACACUGAUUUUACUUUAGUUCACAUCUGUCCUUGAUGAAACAUAAAAAUGUACUCGAAUAUUCCUUGAAACUUCAAAUUUUGUCUCCUCAUUUACUGUUCCAUUUUAAACAAGGAAGGUGUGAUGAAAUAGGGUGGAUAGACACAGAUGUUCAUUUUCAUCUCAGUUAAUGUUUUUCAUUUGGCCUUGUUGUGCACUGUUCUUGCUGGGGAACCUUACAAAAAAGGUAGAUAGAUAUGUAGAAGCAGAAUCUAUCUUUAAUACACUUUACACUUGAAACAGGGAAAUCUUAUUAAUGAUUAUGGAUUAUCUGUUAUCAAUGCCAGUUCUCAACAAAACUGCUGCCUGGUCAGCAUCCUUUUCUUUGUGUAUAACCUAUUAUAAGAACCAAAAUUAUUUUUUCUUGUGUACAUUAUGUACUGCAUAGUAAGUCGUUAUUUCUCGAAGUGCCAUAACACAGACAUUGCUGGUCAAGUGAUUCAUGGCAGCUUCACUUUUUAUAAGCAGAGAAUGGAAAUAAAGUGUUGGUAAGAUUGCUCUCAGACUCUGCUUUCAUUUCUGACUGUUCUGCAUUCUUAAUAACAAUUGCUAAUAUAAUUGCUGAUGUCUUUUUUUUUUUCUUAAUCCUAUUUCAGUCUGAUGUAACUGCUUAAUUUUUUUUUGAAAGCACAAUUAAUGCUGGAAAACUGGCAGAAAAACAUGCCUCAUGUGGAGUCAUGUUGUUCUGGAGUUCUUCCUCCAAAUACCAGAGAUGUAGCUUCAGUUCAGAUGGAGAAAAUGGAACAGAUGAAAAGAGAAAGGCAGGAAAACUGCCUACUGUGUUGCUGCAGACCCCCUCCAGUGAAAUGGAGUAUUUUGAUGAUCGGAAAAAAGUUGAUGUUGCUAGGACAAAGAGCAGCACAGAUAGUCCAGUCCUGUCAAUGGAUAUCAAGAGUGACUCCAAGAUUGAAAGGAAAAAACGUGCCUCAAAUCAGCUGAAGGCAAAUGCACACUUUCAUAAGCUGUUUCUAGAUGUUCCCAUUGAUGAGCCACUGAAACAAAGCUUUACCUGUGCUCUGCAGAAAGAAAUUCUGUACCAAGGAAAGUUAUUCCUUUCUGAAAACUGGAUUUGCUUCCAUUCCAAAGUUUUUGGUAAAGACACUAAGAUUAGUAUACCUGUGCUGUCAGUGACACUGCUGAAGAAAACCAAAACUGCCCUUCUUGUGCCAAAUGCCCUGAUCAUAGCGACAGUCACAGAUAGGUACAUGUUUGUCUCCUUACUCUCCAGAGAUACCACCUACAAGCUGUUAAAAUCUAUCUGUAGACAUCUUGAGGAUACAAGCGUAGGCAACAGUCCAAAUCCCUCUUCUGCAGAAAACAGCUUCAGGGUUGAUCGUCCUACAACCCUCCCCCUGGAUUUCAAUGAAGAUUAUUCUGAUCUGGAUGGAAUAGUACAGCAGCGAAGACAAGAGAUGGAAGAGUCCAGCAGCACAGGCUCACAGACACCAGAGCUGGAAUGCUUCCAAGAUUAUCAUGUCGUGGAAACACAGACUCACUUGAAAGUUUCCAAGACUGAGACCAAGUCUGUUCGUUCAGAUGCACAUAAUAAACGUGGACCUGAUGGAAAAACCCGAAACAGUCCUCGAAAUGGCCAUUCUGAAGCCUUCAGGUUCUUCCACAAAGUGAAGUCCCAGAAGCUCUUAUCUCUGAACCAUGUACUUGUGUUUUACGCAGUUGUUGUUUGUAUAUUAAUAUUUUCUACCUUCUACAUGAGAUAUAAAAUCAGUGUCCUGGAGGAACGUCUUAUGUCCAUCACAUCCUUUGAUUCACAUAUUAAGGAAAAUCCAGUGCAUCAAGGUUUGGGAUCUCAUCUGCAAAUUAAUGCUGAUGCCCUUUGUGAUGAGUUAACUGCCAAUCUUGUGAAAUUGGAAAAGUGCGAGCUCCUCCAAGAGCCCCAGUUCUCAGGAAAUGCAUGCUUUGGCAUGGAUUCUCCAUGGGCUGCGGUGUGGACAUCUCUGCCAUGAAGCACCUCCUCCCCCACCUCCUUCUCAGAGUUUGGGGUUUCUUUUGCUGUUUCCCAUCCUCUUACUCUCCUUCUGUCUCUGUGUGGUGUUUUUUCACCUUUCUAAAGUACUUUACCAGAUGCUCCACCACCAUCAUGGCUGGGUUGAUGCAGUGGGUCCAUCAGAGGCUGCUGAAAUGUCUGUGUCUAGCAUGGGGCAGCCCCUGAUUCUUUCCCACAGCUGCUGCCCCUGCAGAGCUCGUCCCACCCUGCCCCCAAACGCUGAUAAAUGCAUCCAGUACAGGUAUAUGAAAUGUUGUGUGUUGGGAACACAUACAAAGGCCAAGAAUGACAAAAGUACUGGUGGAACAAAACCAAAAGUUACUUGAAUUCCUAUGUGCUUAAGUCAUGUGGGAUAUUUUUGCCUCUGUUUCUAAAACUGAGUCUAUGCCAAGGUCUUUCAACACCUUUUUUCCCCAAACCAAGUUUCUCAAAUAGCAUAAAGCUACGAUUAUAUAAUAUCACCUCUGUGGCACAGAUUUUAGAAAUACUGCCAAAAAGGAGUUUCUUCCCCACAUCUUCAACCCCUUGUCAGUGGAAAUCUAGAGUAAUGCUGUCAUUACCCCUCUCUGUGCUCUGCAUGAUAACAGUGUGAGUACAAGGGGAAAAUGCUUUCCAGAUGGUUACCAGAUAGAAUCUUCAACCAAAUUAGGUCAUUUAAGAGGUUACUGCUUUCUAGCUGUCUGGGACAGGCUGGCAAGAUGGUUCAUGGGAGGCCUUAUUUCACUGGGAAGCCAGCCAGCCAGCCCUUUGCAGCAGGGCUAGGCACUUUCCCAUUCCCUUAUAUAGUCUCUGCUUGGAGACACAGUAAUAGGCAGCUGGAUGGUUGGAUCACUCAGCUGUUCCCAGAGAAGUGACCCCCUUUAAGUCGUGUGGUUUUUUCAUUUGGUGUCUACAGGAUUGGACCCUUAAAAACUUACUUGACAGCUGUUCAAGACAGUGAAGUGUUCUGCAUACAAGAUAAAUCAGUAUUGCCCGUAGCUGCAUAAUGCCACAUGCUGGUUCUCUCUAAUCUAGAUGAGCAGUGGUUAAAACAGAAUGUUUGACCCUACUCUUUGUACUGCAAAAGUGGUAGAAAUCUAAUAGCUUUUGGUUCUCUGAGCAAAGUUACUACAGUUGCUUAACAGUUUCAUAUGCUUUAGUGAAUAGUGGUGCAGCAGCAGAGGUGGUGUAAAAAGUUCCAGUGUAACUUGUCAUCUCUCCACUUGCUUCUUCUAUGAGUGCAGCACUGUAAACUGGAGCACAGAGAUUAUCUGGAUUGAAAACUAAAAACUACUUCGCAGUUAAAAGAUGUGCAGUGCAAGAGUAUGUUGCAAUGACUUUUUCAGUGUGACCUUGUGAUUUUUACAAGCUCUCCUUUAUGCCUGGAGCCAAGGAACUAUCAUGGCUUACCAAAAUUCUGCUAAUUUGGCAUUUAAUUUUAUUUAACAGGUUGUUGAAAUGCACCAUGUGUAUCAGAGGAUAAAGUGUUAAAUGGGGGAGGGAAAAUGUGUCUUAAUAUUACUCAUUCCCCUAUGCUAACUUAUCUUGUUAAAAGGAAAUUCAUGUUUGUGUUGUAACUCUUAAAAAAUUAGGUACUUCUUACUGUUUCCCUUUCCCCAGAAUACCACUCUUGAAAACGGUAUGCAUCUGGGAUAGAAAUCAUGAAGUAGGAUUAAAGAGUGGUAUCCUUGAACAGGAAGUAAAAUGGCUUCUCAGAUAAAAGCCUGAAAGUAGCUGGGACUAAACCUUCUGUAACCAGUGACUGUGAGUUACUAAGAUACUGACAUAUCGAGUACUUGUGUGCCAGGGGAUGUGACCCACUAUAUUCCCCCCCUCUCUGCUUUUAAGGACAAGGAGAUGAAAAGUGGAAAAAUAGGCUGUGUAAAAAUAGGUCUGUACAAAUUAUCCUCGAGGAUGCCACUGGCUGGCAUUGCCUUCAGUGUAGCUAAGAGAGGAUGACCCACAAUCAGUGGACUAAACCUGGCAAAUGGGACACAUCUCCUAAUGGUUAGAAGACCUUAUUUUGCAGUGCACACAUCAUAGAGGAAGCUGUUACAAAACUGUUUGAAUUAUCCACUUAAACCAUAGAGCUGUGACUUGGAAGAGGCCUUUAUCAGAUUUUGAUCAAGCUCAAAAUAAUUGGGUUUCUUGUCCCAUUGCUUCAAGCUGGAAUUUUAUUUCUAUCUUAUUUUCUCAUACCUAAUGAAGGAGAGAAUCUGUAGGAGAAAAUUGCAGGAGAUACUCAUAAUAUAAAAGCUAGAUAUUGUGGUGGUCAGUCGUAUAUAGGUGUUUCCUUUGAUGCUAGUGCAGGAAACAUUUAACAGGAAUACCACUGGUAUGAAUAGGUGUGACAGAAUUAACAUUCACAGAGAGUAUAUUGAAAAGCAUGUCUUGAUUUUAUUUUUUAUUUCAAAUGCAACAUAACACUUCCUGUGUCCCCCCUGUUUCCUUCUUUUUCUAAGAUACAGAACAACUUACAGAAACUUCUUGAAGAUGGUGAAUGAAACAUCAUUGUUCUUGGACUGCUUCAAACCUCAUUCUUCCAUCGUGACAAACAGUUCCAAAGGAGCUCUGCUGGCCAGAGUUCAAGUUUCUUUAUUUUCAGUCCAAGCCAAGCUUAAACUACUGUAAAGCUCAUGUCAUAAUGCAAAAAGUCAGUUUAUUCUUGAACAUAUAUCUAUAUGUUUUGAAAACAUACAUGGUUUGAUCUACAUGUAUCUAUGUGUUUUAAAAAUAUGGGGAUUUUUCUUUCUCUUUUAUGUGUGAAUUAGUGGACUUUAUAGCUUGCUUGAUUCUAGACUUGCUUACACCAGUGCAAACCUGGUCCAUAUCCUUUUACCUCAACAUUUGCUUUAUGCCUGUUGUCAUACAAAUGUAAAUGAGAAGAAUUUCAGUCAUGACUCAUGUGCUGAAGUGCUGUGUGAAUGAGCAGGUAUCUGUUUUAGCUUUGGUUAUGGAACGGUGCUGUGCUCUUCAUUUUUACUUACCUCUUUGCACCCUGACAUCCCAAAGAUCAGAAAAUAGGUGCCUCUGCAUUUGGGUAUGCAAAGUCCUGAAUGUUUGAGGCGUGCUCAGUUCUCAGGUGCUGUAAAAAGGCUCAAUUUCACCUUCUGUGACAUUGUAUCACCACUGAGGGUAAGGUCUGUUUCUACUGAGCAUUCAGUUUCUAUUGGAGUAAAGCUUGAAAUCUGUAUGGACUUGCCAAUUUACAAUCUAGUUGUUUAUGAAUGGCAGAAUGGGUGUGACACACCUGCAUAAUUUAGAAAAGCCACUUGGUUUUUUUUGUCCACUCAUGUCAUCUCUGUCCUUUACGUUAGUCGGUGUGAAGACCCUCGGUCAGCUUUCCUUGGAGUUGAAUGGGGUUUUGGUUGGCUGAGCAAGUGCAAUUUAUACUCCAGUUAGUGGAAAUCUAGCCUUGGUAUGUGACUCCAGGGACUGGAUAUUUCCACAUAAUAGGGACUGGCAAAUUAAUGGUGCAGCAAUAUAAACAAUCAGUAGAGUGAAUGAUAAAGUGGACACCUGCUUUGUUUUAUCACAUACUAUUUUUUUUCAGAGUGCCUAAGAUGGGGAUUUUUAGCUUUCUGAUUCACCAAGCAGGCUCAUUAGUUUUUAAAAGCAAUAUUUAGGAUAAUAACAACUACUAUCUGUAAAGUAAUAGUAUUGUUUGUAAUAUGCUAUGCAUUUUAUAACCAUUUCUGUGAAAUGUACCUACUAUGUUUAAAUAAACUUUUUUAAAGCAAG